CCAAUCGAUUGGCGGAAAGUUCGCUUAUUGCUUCUCGUCCGACCCGAAUGGAUGGAGCCACAUCAGCUUCGGCCCGGAAGCUGCCGUUAAGGAGAUUUACACCGUUGUCACGCCCUUCUCAAGAGAAGGUGACGACUUUUAUUGGGUCACGUUAAACAGCGUUAGUGUUUAUGGAGAAGAUGCCAAGAAGGUUGUCAAGUUUUCCGGCGGUUCUACACAGAGAAAAGGAAAUAUUAUCAUUGAUUCCGGAACAACUCUCACAUAUCUCCCCGGAGAUAUGUACAAAACUUUGGAGUCGGAGGUGAAAGAUGCAAUACCAUUGACCCCAGUGGAUCCUAUGUCCCCAUUCAAGUUGUGCUACAAUUCCACUAGCACUUUUAAGGUGCCAAACAUCGUCGCAAAUUUUGCAGGGGGCGACGUCUUCAUUAAGGAUGGAGCCUUUGUUAAAGUAACUGAAGGCGUUGUUUGUUUGACUCUUGUUCCAGCUGAAGAUGAUAACUAUACAUAUGGAAACAUGGGACAAUUGAACUAUAUUGUCGGGUAUGAUUUGGGGGCCAACACUGUUUCAUUCACGCCCUCUGAUUGUUCCAAGAAUUGAUUUCACUUCAAACACCUCUAUCUAAAACCAAUUAGGUAAAACACCUUGAAUCACAAAGUAGUUCAUUAAAAUUAUGACAUAAAUAGUCUAUGGGUGAUGCCCUGCCCUUAAUAAUUAUGCUCAUCUAUAUGUUCUUUUUGUUUUAAAGAGUGUAAUUUUUUUUGUCCGC